AUGUCGAUCGAGGAGCUGAAAUCUGCUAUGAAUGAACACGUUGAUCUUAUGUCAGAUCUUGUUCAGAAGAUCUCUUCCGAACUUCGUACCAACCUUCGCCCUGCUUACGAUAACUUUUUGGGUUUCUUUCAUGCCAUUGAUUGGAAGGAACCCUGGCUACUGGGAUUGUUAUCAUUCUAUGUUGUAUUGCUGCUUGUAACUAUUAUCUCUAGGAAGAAUACCAACUUUCAAAUGUGCUUGUUCCUCUUGACGUUGGCUGGUGUAUAUCUUGCUGAGAGACUUAAUAGUUUUCUGGGGGGAAACUGGAAAAGCUUCUCUAGUCAAAACUAUUUUGAUCCAAGUGGAGUAUUUAUGUCAGUUCUUUGGUCUGGACCUCUCCUUGCAGUGGCUAUGAUAAUCUUGAUCAAUACGCUCUUUUCCUUAUGCUACUUGAUUGUUAAGUGGAAAAGAGCUGAACUAAGACAUCGUGCAAGGGCUGCUCGUAGUAAGCAGGAAUAG